UAGAUUAGAGAUAAGAAAGAGAGAGAGAUUCUAUUUUAGAGAGAGAGAGAGUUAAGUGGUGAUCCUUGUAGAAAUGGAGAGAUGUAACGAAUAUUAAUACUUCACUUGUAGGGUUUUGAUUACUAUACUGUAUCUCACUGUUCCAAACUGCCACGAGGUGAUCUCUUUCUCUCUCUCUCUACAUUUUAUUCUCUCUCGAUCAAAUUCCUGCAAAUGCUACAAUGAUGAACACAAACCCGACAUGAUCCUCAAACUCAAAAAGGAACUCUUUACCUGCUUCGCAAUAAGGCAAUUCACACGGACACACAGCUUUGUUAAAGUCUUUUGCAGCUUUUUCACUCACCAUGAUCUUUCCCUUUAAAGCUUUGAUUUUUCUCUCUCACUCUCUUUCUAUAGUUUAGUUGAUUUCAGAUAUCUGGCAAGGCGCUGUUAUAUUUCUUUGAUUCUGCUGGUGGAGGCAAAAUAAAAGUAGAGGCAUGGUGGACUAUGAAUGGGGUAACCCAUCAUCUAUCAUGCUUUCUGGCGAAGAAACGGCCCAAGAUUCUAACCAAAAUCAACAGAUUUUUUACCCAUACGCUACUCAUAGCUUCACGGAAGCCAACACUUUUGUUAACCCUAAUGAUUUCGCCACUGUCACUCCUCACAACCACCACUACCACCACCCGUUUCACCACCCAAAUACUGACAUCCAUUUGACUAAUUUCUAUGACCCACGCUGUUAUCGAGCUUCUGCAUCAUCAUACGCGAAUCCUCAUGCACCACAGGCUUCAGUGCUCCCUCUUGAACCAACCGGUCCAACUGGGUUCAUGAUGAUGCCCAAGAGUGAGCCGGUUGCUGGCGGGUUCGAGUUUAACACUAGCACUAGUAGGAUUGGACUUAAUUUGGGAGGAAGGACUUAUUUUGCUUCCUCCGAGGACGAUUUUGUGAACCGGCUCUACCGCCGGUCCAGGGUAAUGGAGAACGGCUCAGUCAACUCCCCAAGAUGCCAAGCUGAAGGUUGCCACGCGGACCUUACGCACGCGAAACACUACCAUCGCCGCCACAAGGUAUGUGAGUUCCACUCCAAGGCCGCUACUGUCAUCGCCGCUGGGUUGACUCAGCGAUUCUGCCAACAAUGCAGCAGAUUCCAUCUCCUUUCGGAAUUUGACAACGGGAAGAGGAGUUGCCGGAAAAGAUUGGCUGACCAUAACCGGCGUAGGCGAAAAUCCCAGCAACCAAAUCAAGAACCCAGCAACAACUCUCUACUGGACAGUGCACCAAAUUGUUCCUCUGAAAACCUUGCGAGGUCUCCACCUGAUUCUGGGAUUCAUUCUUCAUUGGUCACCGUUGCAAUUUCACCGCCAAGAAUUUCAUUGGAUUUCAGCCAAAGAUCAUAUCUGGGUACAACUAGUUCUUCAGCAAGCACAAUUUUUUACUGAAAGGAUGCGAAAUUCAAGAUCUUACGCGUUGCGGACUACCUAGACCUAGUAAUAACACAGUGGAAGAAGAAUGAUCAAUUUGACAUAUAUUAUUCUUCAGGUUUCUUAUUAUUUGCAUUUCAAUCUUAAUUUGCUCUAAAGACAGAUCAGAUCGAUUUACACUUGAAUCAUUAUCGUAUGUAACACAUAUAUAAAUAAGUAUCUCUAUAUAUGUUUUCAUGGGAAUCAUUUCCUAGUUUCCAUUUUGUUACAAGGAUUAGUUUUCACAGGCACA